AUGACUCUCUACCUACUCGAUUAUGGCGCGGGAAAUGUUAGGAGUCUCGCCAACUCUCUCAAAAGACUCGGUUAUGACUUUCAGUGGAUAGCAUCUCCUGACGAUUUCGCAAAAGCAACGAAACUUAUAUUUCCUGGUGUAGGUGCCUUCAAGAGCGCCAUAAAUCACCUAAAAUCUCGUGGUCUCUUAGAACCUCUUAGAGAAUAUAUUGCUUCUGGUCGACCGUAUUUUGGAAUAUGCAUUGGUCUACAAGUGCUAUUCGACUCGUCUACAGAGAACCCUGGAGUCCAGGGGCUCGGAAUCAUACCUUCAACUAUUGCCAGCUUUGACAAUGCGGACAAGUCUGUUCCUCAUAUGGGCUGGAACUCCAUCGACUUCAUCGACCCAGAAGAAAGGGCCAAAGAAGGGAUGGAUGAGAAACUACACUACUACUUUGUCCACUCGUUCCGCGCUGCUUAUGAUCCGUCGAACGUGGCAGCUGCACAAUGGGUCCACAGCACAACACAGUACGGUCAAGAGAUUUUCGUCGCUUCUGUUCGCAGAGGCAACGUCUUCGGCACGCAAUUCCACCCGGAGAAGUCUGGUGAAGCCGGCUUGCGUAUCUUGAGUACCUGGCUCAGUAGGUCCGACGAAGAACUUGUCAGCGAACCACCCCGUCCUGUUGUCGCACGUUCACCCAAACCGCGCGAUGGUCUCACGAAGCGUAUAAUUGCAUGCAUGGACGUUCGUGCGAAUGACGACGGUGACCUAGUCGUUACGAAGGGAGACCAGUAUGAUGUACGCGAGAAGGCGGCACCUGCGUCUUCAUCUUCUGCCGUACAGGUCCGCACAGCUGGCACAGUACGGAACCUCGGCAAGCCAGUCGCACUCGCAGCGCGUUAUUUCGUGGAAGGCGCAGACGAAAUCUGUCUGUUGAAUAUUACCUCUUUCCGCCAUUCACCAUUGCAAGACCAACCGAUGCUUGCUGUUGUUCGUGCAGCCGCCGAGACUGUGUUUGUCCCUCUCACAAUUGGCGGAGGGAUUAAAGACACUGUUGACCCAGACGGCACACCUCGCAGUGCACUAGAGGUUGCUGGUGAAUAUUUCCGUGCAGGUGCAGACAAAGUCUCUAUCGGUUCGGAAGCUGUCUAUGCCGUCGAGAACUUACUGAAGAACGGAAAGAUAGACGGAACUAGCGCCAUCGAAACGAUUGCAGACGCAUACGGACGACAAGCAGUCGUGGUUAGUAUCGACCCAAAGCGAGUAUAUGUCGAUCCAAAUACCUACGAUGGGUCUCAUAAGGGCGAGCUUGUCCUCGGUGAGGGUGACGAGAAAGACCAGGCCUGGUGGUAUCAAUGUACUGUCUCUGGUGGGCGUCAAGCACGAGAUAUUUCAGCCGUCCAACUCGCAAAAGGAGCAGAGAUGCUCGGCGCGGGCGAGAUUCUGUUAAACAGCAUUGACAGAGAUGGAACUGGCCGAGGCUUUGAUCUCGACCUUAUUCGACUCGUUCGAGACGCUGUCACAAUCCCGGUUGUCGCUAGCAGCGGAGCGGGGAAUGUAGCGCACUUCACGGAUGUAUUCGAGAAGACAGGUGUUGAAGCCGCGUUGGCUGCAGGGAUCUUCCACCGGUUACAGGUGAAGAUUGAAGAAGUUAAGGAAAGCCUGAAGCGAGCGGGCAUUCAAAGCAGAGAAAUAUCUGCACUGAAUGCGGCGGAAUUUCUUUGA